CCCUCCAUUAAAACUCACCAAACAAUAUUACCAUCAUUUUAUCACAUAUAUUCUCCUUCCAUUCUCAUAUUUUCUCUUCUUCUCUCUCAAAAACCAUGGAAACAUCUUUAGUCCACGAGGACGCCAGCUCCUCAGCAUCGCCAGCUAUCAGCUCGACCACGUUAGAGGUGGGAGAAGUUCGUCUUAGCGUGGACAUGGAGGUGGAAACAACCAUAUACAAUACUAAUACUUCAAUCUCAUCAUCCACGAAACCCCAUGCAACGUCUAGUGAUCCAUGCUGGAACGCCAUGCGUCGUGUAAUCCAGACAGAAGUCUCGGGUUUGAGUCUUGAUGACUUUUUCUUCAUCCAGAAACUUGGGAGUGGUGACAUUGGUUCUGUCUAUCUUGUUGAGUUGAAGGGCAAUAAAGGGUGUUUGUUUGCAGCUAAAGUGAUGGAUAAAGAGGAAUUGGUUAGUAGGAGCAAAGAAGGAAGAGCCGGGACAGAAAGGGAAAUAUUGGAAAUGUUAGAUCACCCUUUUUUGCCUACCCUUUAUACCACUUUGGACACUGAUAAAUGGUCUCUUUUGUUGACUGAGUUUUGCUCAGGUGGUGAUCUUCAUGUUCUCCGGCAACGACUGCCGGAGAAGAGAUUUGAUGAAGCUGCCGUCCGGUUCUACACAUCAGAAGUUGUGGUUGCUUUAGAGUACCUACACAUGAUGGGGAUAAUUUAUCGAGAUUUAAAGCCUGAAAAUGUGCUAGUAAGAUCAGAUGGUCAUAUUAUGUUGACUGAUUUUGAUCUCUCACUAAAAUGUGAUGAUUCAUCAGUAAUGCCUCAACUUGUUCAAGAAAGUAGUCCAAAGCUAGAUCAUAAUUCAAAUGAUCAAUCCUCCAUUAAUUCACCUCCAUAUAAGUCUUCGUCUUCUUCGUGCAUCCUGCCCAAUUGUAUCGUGCCACACGUCUCGUACUGGUACUACAACCACAGGCGAAGAAGAAGAACAAAUAAUCAACGACCCCUGAGGUUGGUAGCUGAGCCAAUUGAGGCUCGAUCGAUGUCAUUUGUUGGGACCCACGAGUACUUAGCCCCGGAAAUCGUGUCGGGGGAAGGCCAUGGCAAUGCGGUGGAUUGGUGGACACUAGGAAUUUUCAUGUACGAGUUGCUUUAUGGUGUGACACCUUUCAGAGGACUUGACAAUGAGUUCACCCUUUCGAACAUUGUGGCUCGAGCCUUUGAGUUCCCUAAGGAGCCAAUGGUUCCGACCAUAGCUAAGGACUUGAUCACCCAACUCUUGGUCAAGGACCCUACCAGGAGAAUGGGGUCCAUGAUGGGGGCCACAACAAUCAAACAACAUCCUUUCUUUGAUGGUGUGAACUGGGCACUCUUGAGAUGUACAACCCCACCUCAUAUUCCCCAAAAUUCCAAAAGUACUAGAGAGUUUGUCUCAUCUUAUGAUGAUGAUGAUGAUUAUGUAGAUUAUUAUUAGUGUUGCUUAUAAUUUAAGGGCUCGUUUCGUACGAGGAAUAAUAAUCAUGGAAUUAUAUUUGA